GACGCCCAUUUGACACCAGGUUAGCGAUGGCGGCCACCCGCGGCCAGAAGCCCAACAUCACCGGCUUCGACAUGAGAGCCUUCAAGGAGGCGGCCGGCCAGCCCAGAUACGACCCCUGGGAAAGAGCAGAGUCCUGGAGAUACAAGGGCCCUUUCACGCGAUUCAACCGGUUCAAGGGAUCCUUCCCCGGCCUCGGCAUCGCGACCGUCGCCUUUGCCGGCUACUGCGCGUACGAGUACUUCUUCUUGACCGACGAUCACCACCACGGCGACGCCCACGGAAAGGACCACCACUAGAUUGCUGAACGGAUUGGUUGUGGGAAGACGGAGAAGGGGAACACUCCGCUGUACAUGUACCUCUCGAACCGGUAGACCGGCUCGCUGGAAGGAUUUAGAUGAGGACGAAUUUGGUUUUCCGCUAUCACGAUAUCGUGUGACACUUAAAGUCUUGCGAACAUCAAGCCUGUCUUUGAUGCCGGAGGCUACCCGUGAAAGUGUCAUAGAGCGUUGCCACUUCCACUAACCCCUCGCCCACUGCUGGAGUCCAAUCGUUAGGUCGAUGAGAAGGAGAAAGCCUAACAAACACCCAAAGUCCGACUCUGAAAGGCUCCAUUGGCCUCACUAGUGAUUGUGGCAUAUACCGCGAUUGCUCAUCUUGAUCGUACGACCA